CUUUGUGGAGGGAACCCAGAGAUGCAUCUGCCAGCUUGCCCUUCUGAACCCUUUAACAAGAAACAUCACUCGCGUACAGUAUUAGUGAUCUGCGGGAGUACUAUUUUAUUUAUAUUUGUGAUUCUUCUUUUCUGUUUCCUCGUAGUCCGAUGCCGUCGAAAAGGUUCAAGAAGAAAAUCUCUUGACUCAUCACCCACAAUUGAGCAAAAUGUGCAGGUCACUUAUGGUGAUCUAGUGAGAGCCACAGAUGGAUUUUCUGAGAGCAAUAUAAUUGGGACUGGUAGUUUUGGUACGGUAUAUAAAGGACUACUCGAUGGUGAAGGUAGGAAAGUUGUUGCUGUAAAGGUAUUGAACCUUCAAAUACAAGGAGCAUCGAGGACGUUUAUAGCAGAAUGUGAUGCUGUGAAAAACAUCCGGCAUCGGAAUCUUCUCAAGAUCAUUACAGUAUGUUCAAGUGUAGAUUUCAAAGGUAAUGACUUCAAAGCUGUAGUUUUUGAGUUCAUGGAAAAUGGAAGUUUAGAUGAUUGGUUGCAUCCCAAAGCAAAUGAGCAGUCCAAACCAAAGAAAUUAGACCUUACGGCAAGGUUAGAUAUAGCUAUUGACGUAGCUUAUGCUUUAGAUUAUCUCCACCAUCAAUGUGGCAAACCAAUUGUUCACUGUGAUCUGAAGCCAAGCAACAUUCUUCUGGAUGAUAAUAUUACUGCUCAUGUCGGUGACUUUGGGUUAGCCAAGUUUCUCAAAAAGGUUACCUCUCAAUACUCAACAAGUUCAGUUGGUCUCAGAGGAACUAUCGGGUAUAUUGCUCCAGAGUACGGAAUGGGGAAUGAAGUUUCAACUUGUGGAGAUGUGUAUAGCUAUGGGAUCCUUUUACUUGAAAUGUUUACAGGAAAGAGACCCACUGAUGAUAUGUUUGUAGGAGGUCUUACUCUUUCUAUGUUUGUGAAGAUGGCAUUUCCUGAACAAAUCACAGAUGUCAUUGACACUCAUUUGCUCACACCAAGUGAUGAUGCUGAAAGCAUGAAUUAUGCAAGAGCAACCAACUGCAUUGCUUCAAUUCUUAGAAUUGGUAUCUCUUGCUCAAAUGAAUUACCAGCAGAGAGAAUGGAGACGGACAAAAUCAUCAAGGAACUGCAUAUUGUUAGAGAUAUGUUCUUGAGGAAUGGAAAUUAUGGCGAGAGACAGAGAGUACGGCAGAGUGGUGAAAGUCCAUCUACAAAUAUACACUGACAAACAUUGGACCGACAUUGUCUGCUCAAGCAAACUACUGUAGAGGAAUGGAGAUAGAGAAUGUAUUGAAGCAAACAAAUGGUAUCAGGAACAUAGAGAUUUAUAGCAACAAUAAGAGAGAUGAACAUGUUUUUGUAUAUGUUCUCAUAGUGGU